AUGGCGGCAUCACACAACAGCAGUCCUCCUGCAUCAGUAUACGACAUGAGCGACGACGAAGAGAGCGACUACAACAGCGUGCGCCGUCGGUCGUCGGCCUCGCGCGGCGUCAAGCUGCUCUACGCAAAGAGCAAGGUCUUUGUCCACCCCUCGCCCUCGUCCAAGGACAAUAUCGACGGCUUCAUCGCCCUCUACCAGCAAAAGUCGCCCUCCGCAUCCUCCGCCGCUUCCUCAUCCACCCAAAUCCCCUCAUCCUCGCUGAUCCUGGGCUGGACUCCUCUUGCCUCCCUCCAGAGCCAGGGCCAGCUCGACACCUACUCAAAGGUCGACCUCGACGACAAGGACCAACCUACCCGAAACCUCGUUCCGCCUCCGCCCAUCACUUCUGCCCACUCCGCCUCUCCAGGGCCAUAUCCUUUUGCUGUUCAAGCCAGCGAAAUCUACUCGGUCCAGAUCCGCCCACCCAGCGCCGGCUGGUGGUUUGGCAGCAUCGUCAUCAACACUCGUUCUGGCGACAGCUUCCCCGCUCUCUUCUUCCACGACAGCGAAUGUCAAUCCACAAUAAACCACCGCAAGAAGCUCGCCCGCGAGAACUUUGACCCCUUUGGUGAGAGCGGCAACUUGUUCUGGGGUGGUGACCAAGUCUUGGGAUGGCUGAAGAGGCACCUCAACGUCGAGCGCUCUCCCGAGCCCAACAUCUUCCUCAUUGAGCCUUCCGAUGCUGAUCGAACUGGCUUUGGCACUACCAAGUCUGGAAAGCCAACCCCCGACAAGGUUCAGCAAGCUCUUGAAGGUCCAAAUGCACAACCUCAACAAAAGAAAAAGGAGGAUCCCGUUGCAAAGUUCUUCAAGGAAUCUCGCUGGGCUGUCUUGGAGAAGCUCAGUCAGGUCACCACUUUCACUCGUCGCACUGCCCAGGCUGCUGCUGAUAACCCUAAAUUGCCUCCUCAGCUGCGUCGUAUCAUGCAGAAUCCUCAGGUACAGACCGUCCAAGAAGAGUUUGACAGUGCUCGCCUCUAUCUUGCGAGAUGGGCCAUGACUAUUGCUGAGCAGAGUGAGCGUGACAGGAGCCAACGUAUCUACACAGCCAAGGACCUGCUUGAGAAUGAGGAUACUGAGCUGGGCGAGUUUGAGAUUCUCGAUGUUGACAUGAGAAACCUUGAACUGAACGAGAAGAGAGAUCCUGUUACCAUCAAGGAAUGGAACGCUUUCUUUGAUUCACAUGGAAGACUACAAGUCACACCUGAUGAAGUCAAGGAGCGUGUCUUUCAUGGUGGUCUACAUCCAGAUGAUGGUGUCAGGAAGGAAGCUUGGCUCUUCCUCCUGGGUGUGCACGAUUGGAACAGUACUAGAGAUGAACGCAAGGCCAAUAUGAACAGCCUCAACGACGAGUACAUUCGUCUCAAGGGUGCUUGGUGGGAUCGUAUGAUGGAUGAAGAUGGCACUCUUGAGGAACGUGAAUGGUGGAAAGAGCAAAAGAUGCGCAUAGAAAAAGAUGUGCACCGAACUGAUCGAAACAUCCCUCUCUUCGCUGGCGAAGACAUUCCUCAUCCAGAUCCAACAUCUCCUUUUGCCGAAGUCGGCACAAACGUCCAUCUCGAGCAGAUGAAGGAUAUGCUACUAACCUACAACGAAUACAACAAAGACUUGGGCUAUGUUCAAGGUAUGAGUGAUUUACUCGCUCCCAUCUAUGCAGUCAUGCAAGACGACGCAGUAGCCUUCUGGGGCUUUGUAAACUUUAUGAAUCGCAUGGAACGAAACUUCCUCCGCGACCAAAGCGGCAUGCGUCUCCAACUCACCACCCUCGACCACCUCGUCCAACUCCUCGACCCUAAACUCUACCUCCACCUCCAAUCCGUCGACUCGACAAACUUUUUCUUCUUCUUCCGCAUGCUGCUGGUCUGGUACAAACGCGAAUUCCCCUGGCUAGACGUCCUAAGACUGUGGGAAAGCCUCUGGACCGACUACCUUUCAGCAAACUUCCACCUCUUUAUCGCUGUUGCGAUACUAGAGAAACACAGAGAUGUGAUUAUGCAGCAUUUGAGGGGUUUCGAUGAGGUGCUCAAGUAUGUGAAUGAGUUGAGCAAUACGAUUGAUUUGGCAUCGACGUUGCUUAGGGCAGAAGCACUGUUUAGAAGGUUCCAGAGGACUGUGGAAGCUAUUGACCGGAAAGAUCAUUUCCCUACUCCGACGCUGAGGCAGAGGAAACAACUUGCUGGGGGUGCUUUGGAUCAGGGGGCUGCUGCUGUAGGACAUGAUGGAAAGCAAGCUGCUGCUGCUAGCAGUUCCUCUGAUGCUGCGCAAGGUGCGAGCGGUGCGCAGACCACGACAACGGCACAGAAAGAGAGGAUUGUCAGUCCUGAGCUUAGGGCGCUGCUCAGUAGGGACUUUUCUCGGGUCGAGAAACCUGACAAGUGA